AUGGUGAAUAUUGAUAAUGCUGCAAAUCCAAAUAUUACAACUGUUGAUGCUGAGGUGGGAAAUGCAAGGGUGAUUGGAAUGGAGGAUAUGGAAAAUGGUAGGAAUAUGGCUGUAUUGGGGCAGACAUUCAGUGCUGAUAAGAGUCCUGAUAUUGGAGCAUCUGUUGCUGAUAAACUGAUCACUGAUCUAGUUCCACAUGAGAUGAUCAAUGUGUGUAAUAUUGCAAAUGCUGCUUUGAUUAAUGAUGUUGUGGGUGUUGAGAUUGGGUCUCUUGUUAUUUCCCCAAUGGUUGUGGAUUGUGGAAAUCAAGAGGGUGAUGGCACUGAUAAUGUUGGCAUCAGUCUGGAAUCUCCUAUUCUGCCAGAUCAUGAAGAUUCUCUGAUUUUGGUGGAGUCUGAUUCUCAAAUUCUAGUUCAAAUGGUGAAAGGUUUGGCUAUUAUUCCAUGGAAGUUGCAAGAUCUGUUAAAGAGGAUUAAACUGUUAUUUGGUAUGAUGAAUUUGCAGAUUUCACACAUUUACAGAGAAGCUAAUGGAUUGGCUGAUUUUUUAGCUUCUUUUGCUGUUCAUUCAAAAACAUAUACUGAAUUCUCUGGCAGUAAUGUAUUGCCAGUGGCUGGAAGGUUAAUUCUGCAGCAAGACCAGACUGGUUUACCUAAUGCCAGAUUGAAAAGAAUACUUUAUUGGUUGCCAUCAGUUGGAAAUUGUGAAGAGUUUCAGCUGCUGGAGGAUGAAGUUUGGCAGACUGUUGGAGUUCUGGAUGGGAAUUGCAUUUUUCCUGUUCAAGAACUUGGAAUUUUUGCAGUUCCUAAUGCUGAUCUGGAAGAGGAUGUUUACCAGAAAAAGAAGACUCCGACUGUUCGUCUGGCCUCUGUUCUUCCUGCGAAUGUAUCGACUGCUGUAAAUGAUCAGAGUUCUUCAUCUGGGUUAGGACAUCAUGUUCCUAUUGAAUCUGUUAUUGAUCGAAACACACAGAGAGUGCUUAUGAAUCCUCCACCUUCUCUAAUCCCCCAAUCCAUUCCUUUGGAAAUUCUUGAAUCCUCGAUGGAUCGAAAUCUGAACAAAUCGAAAAUCCCUGCUUCUGAUAAAGAUACUCAGAUUCCAAUAGUCAUUUCGAAUUCUCAAAAUCCUUCAGUUAAAUCAGAACAGUACACUGAGUUUUCUGCAAAUAAUAUUCUGCCAUCCAUUGGAAGACUGAUAUUGCAACAAGAUUUAUAUGGCUUUCCCUAUGCCAGAUUGAAGAGUUUGAUAUGUGAUCAAAGAGAAGAAUCAAGAGCAGUUCUUCAGUUUCUGUUGGCUGCUCCUUUUCCAAUCUGCCUGGACUAUCUUCUGGACUUCUUUUGUGAGCUUUUGAGUGUGGAUGAUCAG